ACUUCCCAACUACCAGACACGAGACACCGAUAGUCGAAAAUUUUGGGUAGAUCGUAGAAUAUUCGAUUUUAGGGCUCGCAUCGAAAGAACCCAUUUUCGAGAUUUGUGUUUCAUUCCCAAUUCCAUUACAAAAAAAAAAAAAAAAAAAAAAAAACCAUAUCUUUUAAGAGAAACCAGUCGUUAACGCUUCAAAUUUAUCUUCGGCAGACCGUCGUUGGUCACAAAGAUAUCAUCUGUACUAUUGAAGGGGACUUUAUACCAUACUACUCAGCAGUGAGCAACGAAGUUACCAUAUCCGCCUGCAAGUUACCCAAUGAAGUUCCUAGAAUACACCCCGUUUGAUAGGUUGAAUGAUUUCUUGAGUCAUUUGAAUCUUGGAGAACGUACUAUCAAGGGAUGCCUAGAAGCUUAUUCUUGUAAACAUACAGGAAUAGAUAAGAAACUAUCUUUAAGCUUGGAGAAUGAGAUUCUUGACUAUCUUGGGAAAUCAUCUGAUGCUGACUCUUCUUCACCAGAUGAAUUUUUAUUGAGCAGAUCAAGCCGAAAGACACUGAUAUACUUGGUUCUCACUCUCAAUCACGUGUACCCGGAUUAUGACUUCAGUGCAAUGCAAGCUCACCAGUUCUUUACAGAGGAAAGCUGGGACAGUUUUAAGCAGAUCUUUGAUGCUUAUAUGUUAGAAGCAUCUAAGGAAUGGAUUGAGAAUAAUGAGGGUGGUUCCUUACUGGAGAUGACAUAUAAGGCUCUUGAUGAGGCUGUAAAACUAGCAGAGUGUGAAAUUUACAGUUACAACCCGAAUUCUGAUGCUGAUCCCUCUAUAGAGAGAGGGGCAAUAUGGUCCUUCAAUUUCUUCUUCUAUAAUAGAAAGUUAAAGCGUGUUGUUAGCUUCCGCUUUUGGUGUUUAAGUACUUUGGUGGCCGAGGGAUUUCAUUUGGACGGGAUAGGUUAUGAGGAAGAUGGAGAUAUCUUCGAUAACAUGGAUAUCUGAGACAGUACUGUAAUCAAUUUGUGCAUAAAUGAAGACUUCUUGCAUGGCUGAUUCUCGAUUCCGUACUAACUUUUGAAGCCACAUGGUUUGGUGUUAGGUUCAUACUUUCGCUUGAACCAUGUUCAUAUGGUGGGAUGACUUUUAUUAUUGUAUAUAGGAAUGUACAAUCCGUCCCUAGAUGUAACGUAACCUUAGACACCCCUUUCAACAUGGGUGAAUCAGACCUUUUUUAGACACCCCUUUCAACAUGGGUGAAUCAGACCUUUUAGUUCGAGGGUAUACACUUUAUGCUAGUUGAGUUAUACUCACUUUGGUCCUUUGAGAACCUGUAGAAAAUAAUUGAGCUCCCUAUUAUGUUAGCAAAAAAAAAAAAAAAAAAAAAACCUGGAAGGAUAGACUUGUUUUUGUGUUAGUUAUUGCUUUACAACAAUACUUGUUCUCAAUUUUAUGAUACCUGUUAUUCAAAACCCUCCCGAAUCAAUGGAAAGUCUUCAGGUGUCAGCUGUGUUGGUGA